CGACAGUGCUGGCACCGCCCCGCCUGACGCCAUCGCGGCGCGACGGCGGCGCCUGAGUGCUCGGCCGGCGGGGCAGGGAGGGGGCCGAUGAGCUCGCAGGAUGUGCUCGGCCAGACCACCCGGCUGGCCUCUUCCAGCGCCUUGCUGCAGGUGCUGUUCCGAGUGGUCACCUUCGGGCUGAACGCGUUCACUCUGCGCUACCUCUCCAGAGAGCUGAUCGGCGUGGUCAACGUGAGGCUGGCUCUACUGUACUCAACAGUUGUAUUCCUAGCCAGGGAAGCAUUCCGCAGAGCUUGUUUGAGUGGAAGUACGAAACGAAACUGGACCAAAACAAUUAAUCUGUUGUGGCUGACAGUCCCUCUUGGUGGUUUUUGGUCUCUUUUUUUGGGCUUAGUCUGGAUACACUUGCUGGAAGUACCUGAUUCUUCUGUGGUUCCACAUUAUCAGGCUGGUGUAGUGGCAUUUGGUUUGUCUGCAGUUAUCGAGCUUCUGGGAGAACCAUUCUGGGUUUUAGCACAAGCUCAUUUGUUUGUGAGACUUAAGGUAAUUGCUGAAAGCCUUUCUGUGGUGUCAAAAUGCAUUUUGACAGUUAUUUUGGUAGUCCUUUAUCCUCACUGGGGUCUCUACAUUUUUUCCUUGGCUCAGCUUUUAUAUGUCAGUGUUCUAGUAAUGUGCUAUAUAAUUUAUUUUAUGGUGUUUCUGGGGUCUCCUGAAGCAACAAAGAAGUCAUUUCCAGUUGCUAGAAUGAAAGCCCUAUUACCUACCUUAGUGGAAGAUGAGACCUUUGUUAACUGGAAGGAAGCACGGUUAACUUGGAGUUUCUUCAAACAGUCCUUCUUGAAACAGAUUUUGACAGAAGGUGAACGAUAUGUGAUGACUUUUCUGAAUGUGCUGAAUUUUGGAGAUCAAGGUGUAUAUGAUAUCGUGAAUAACCUUGGUUCCCUGGUGGCCAGGUUUGUCUUUUUGCCUAUUGAGGAGAGUUUUUAUGUCUUUUUUGCUAAAAUGUUGGAAAGAGGGAAGAAUGUAAAGGACCAGAAGCAGGAUGAUGUUGCUAUGGCUGCAAAUGUAUUAGAAUUACUGUUGAAACUUGUGCUUCUGAUUGGCCUUACCAUCACAGUUUUUGGCUAUGCCUAUUCUCAGUUGGCUCUGGAUAUUUAUGGAGGUUCUUUGCUCAGUUCUGGAACAGGUCCAGAUCUCCUCCGAUGUUACUCUUUGUAUGUCCUAUUUCUUGCUAUCAAUGGAAUGACAGAAUGUUUUACGUUUGCUUUGAUGUGCAAAGAGGAGGUAGACAGGUAUAAUUUUGUCAUGCUGGCUUUGUCCUUCACGUUUCUGUGCAUCUCUUACUUCUUGACCCAGUGGCAUGGUAGCAUAGGCUUUAUCCUUGCCAACUGCUUUAACAUGGGUAUUCGAAUAGCUCACAGCAUGCACUAUAUCUAUGAUUACUUCAAAGAGAGCACCUACAGACCUUUGAGAGGCCUGCUUCCCUCACCAUUUUUGGUACUUGUUUACAUCCUGAGUGGAGUUAUCACUGGUUUCUCAGAGGUAUUCCUCUGCUGUGACAAAGGUUGGAUGGCAAGACUGAUUCACAUCUGCGUGGGGGCUCUGUGCUUUGCAGCAACCAUCAUUACGAUGUUCAGCACAGAAACCAAGCUGAUCCACUUUGUCAGAAGCCAAUUCCUCUCCCGAUACAUGAAGAAAGGAACAUGACAUGUUCAGGCAGAACAGUUCUUGUAUGUGCUUGCAGUAAAGGGCUGAAUCUUUUUUGCUUAAGAUCUGAGUGGAAGAAUGUUUGCAUGUGUGUUUAUUGAAAGAAUUGAUAUUGGACUGGCAAUGUAAAAGACUGCAAAUCAAGUAGUGUUUUUUCUUUCAAACUGGUCAGUACAGUGAAAGAGAACUGAGAUGUUUUCUUUUUGUCCAUCAUUCUUUCCUAAGCUUUUCUUCAAACAGCCUCUUUGGUAAAGAAUGAAGAUCUGAGGUACACUUGUCUGAUGUAACCUAGGUGACAAACUGAGGAGUACACUUAUGAAGGUAUCAUAUGGCAUACAUCUUAAGAUGUAAUUAAGAACACUCUUAUUUGUCAUGGUGGGCUGCUUUAACUGGUUAGAAAAUAAAUGAUCUGACCAAAAAACUCCAGGGGGAAAAAAGAAAGCCAGAAAAAACUUCUAAAAAACCCCCACAAAACAAAAGCUGAAGAAAACACUAGAGAGGGGACCAAGAGCAAUGUAACUGUUUCUGAAGUAGCAGAUAAUGUGGUGCAGAGAUUGAGUUGUCAGCGCCUUGAAGCGUGAAGCAGUGAACAGAAAGUCCUGACGUUUAUGAGUAAAUUAAUGUUGGACACAGCAUGUGGCCAUGCUAGCUGUGUGAGAUUAUUUCAUUCAGCAUAUUAUUCAUUUAUGAGGGUAUUGAUUAACUUGUCAGAAGCACUCUCAAGCCUUAGCUACAAGAAAAAAAGGAAUUUGGAGUAGUGUUUUGCAGGAGGUGUUAAGUGCAAGCACAGUGAUGCUGAAGUUGUAGAAAGUUAAUUGUAAAACUUCCUUUAUUCUUUUUUUUUUGAGAUUUUAGGUGCCAGCACAAAUGAAUUAGUCUCAAUAGAAAGGACUUUGACUUGUUUGUGAAAAUGAAUGUUAAACAUAUUAAAUAAUUUGGGUUUUUUUUUCCAAGGGUUUUUGUAUUUAUGAAAUUUUCAUUAUUGGAUAAAGAAAUGCUUCUUUCUGUUGUAAACAGGUUUCCUCAGGUCUUACUCAACCUUUAUAUUGGGACUUUUUUGGAUUUUACUCAUCCUUAACCUUUAUAUUGGGACUUUUUUGGAUUUUGGUGUUGGUUGUUUUUUUUUACUUUUGGAAAAUCUGGACCAUUCAGCAGCGGUAAAAUGAGAUGUUAGGAUGCUGGUUUAGGCUUAGAUAUAUCUGGUGAUCUGAAAUUGGCAGUUUUGAGGAUGUACAAGUGGCAGGUUUAUAAUGCUUGGUGUUCCCUUUGUGGUGAUUGGAAGGACCAAAUAUGUCAAGUGAUGAAAAAGGUGUGCUCAGGCAUGUUCAGUUGACAGCAUUGGUUUAAUUACAUAGCAAUUCCUCAGAUCCUUGGGCUGAUUAAAAAAUCACUGUCAUAACUUAGGGAGUUCAUCCUAGUAACCAAAGUUUGCAGAGUGAAACACCUCAGAACAGACCUCCAAUAUUGUCACCCAGUCCAACGUAUCACCAAGCCCUAUCCAAUCAACUAGACUAUGGCACUAAGUUCCUUAUCCAGUCUUUUCUUGAACCCCUCCAGGGACAGUGACUGUUAGAAACAUUUUAUAAACUCUGGUCGUUUUCACUUGGAGAAUAUCACCAGAGGUGGUUUAUGUGAGAAUUUAGUGAUUGGAAAGUGAAGGCAUGGAAGCCAAGAGGUAGCAGUGAGACAAAGAGAAAGGUGUACUUCCCCCAGGUAAUGAUGGUGUCUCCAUAGCCUUGCUGGGAAGGCUAGCAGAGACUUACCGAUUCUACUAAACUUGUUAUGAAAUCUGUCUAAAUAAAAACUUCCACUAAUUUGUUUGUCAA